CCCAGUAGCCCCUCGGAGAUGUCUAUACCCAGUACAGCACCUUCCCCUCCAUACUCCACGACCAGCAGCCAGUGUUCCACUCCACUGAUCAGGUCCAAGGCGCUUCUGCCCCUCCCUGCGGGGAACUCGUCACACUACUCGACUAAUUAUAUCUCCUAUGAGUUUCUAUACGAACCCGAUGCAUCCUCCAAUCUAGCCACGGAUCUGGAAGAGGAGCUCAAUAAAGUGAAACUAGAGCUCGAAAAGAUCAAAGAAAAGUACGAUGCAGCUUGCCUAACUAAGGAAAAAGACAUUGCAGAAAUCAGAAAAACAGAAGAUGCAGUACAACAGAAGAAGCAGGCGUUGCGCAAAGUGGUGGAUUCUGAGCCGGAGAAAGUAGUUGAUGCAUUGGAAUACAGCUUGGGUCGAUGCAGAAGGUAUUCGGUUGAUGAGAUAGAAGCUGCGACCAACAACUUCACCUCGCAUAAGAUCGGCCAAGGCAGCUACGGACCCGUGUACAGAGCCACCAUAGAUCACACGCCCGUUGCCAUCAAGAUUCUCAGAUACAACAUACCAGAUGCCCUAGACCAGUUCCACCAAGAGGUGGACGUACUCACCCGGUUGAGGCAUCCAAACAUGGUCAUCCUCAUGGGAGCCUGUCCCCAAAACGGCUGCCUCGUGUACGAGUACAUGGAAAACGGCUCCCUUGAAGACUGCCUCUCCUGCAAAGACGGAUCCCCACCCCUGCCAUGCCUCACGCGCUUCUCAAUCGCUGCAGAGAUCGCAACCGGCCUCAACUUCCUCCACCAGACGAGGCCACAGCCGCUGGUCCACCGCAACCUCAAGCCCGGGAACAUCCUCCUCGACAGGAACUACGUGAGCAAGAUCAGCGACGUGGGACUGUCCAGGCUCAUCCCUGCGGCCGAAGCCGACAACAUGACUCAAUACAGAGAGACAGCGGCUGCGGGGACUUUCUGCUACAUCGAUCCCGAGUAUCAACAGACAGGUCUGCUUGGGACCAAAUCGGAUGUCUACUCCUUAGGAAUCAUCUUGCUGCAGAUCAUCACUGCCAGGCCUCCAAUGGGCUUGACAUAUCUAGUUGACACAGCAAUCCAAAAUGGGCGAUUCACAGAGAUUCUGGACCCUCGAGUUCAAAACUGGCCGGUUCAGGAGGCUCUGGAGCUGGCAAAAUUGGCCUUGCAAUGCAGUGAGCUCAGGAGGCGGGACCGACCGGACCUUGCAACCGUCGUCUUGCCAGAGCUUGUGCGUCUGAUGAAUGUGACAUCAAAGCUCAAACCUGAAAGGAGAACGCGUCAGCCUCGGGGAAUUGCGAAACUCAAAGGCGGCAGGUUGAUUAAUACAAAGGAGGGAUAGUGAUGUUCACCAAGAUAUGAAUGUAAAUAUUUAAGUAAAAGUUGAGUGAUUUUUGCAACUUAAUUUCUCACUCAAAACAUUACUUAGAUUUUCAUAUCAGACAUAUAGAACAGGAUUGUAAAAGGAAAUUUUCUUGUAUAUUAAGAGACAGCAAAGUGAAAAGUGUUGCUUCA